AUGUUGAUGAAUUUGAAUGAAGGUUGUUUAGAAUAAAUAGAUGAUAAAUGUCUAAUUUGUCAAGAAGGUUGGAUUUAAGAUGAAUUUCUUGAAAAUUGUCAUCCAAUUUGUGGAGAUGGAAUAAUUCAAGGUUAAGAAUAAUGUGAUAAUCUAAUACCUGAUCAGUCUUGUUAUUAAUGCAAGCUUGCUUGUGUUGAAAAUUGCUAAAUUUGUGAAUUCGGAAUUUGUUUAUAAUGUAUUGAGGGAUUUAUAAUGAAUCCCAAUUUUAGUUGCGAUCCGUUGUGCGGAGAUGGCAAUUUGACUCCAUAUUCAUCCGAAUAAUGUGAACUAGCUGUUAAUGGUGUGGGGGAUGGUUGUCAUGAUUGUUAAUUUAUUCCAAUCGCUAAUUGUAAAACUCAAUUAUUUUCAAUUUGUUUGGAAUGUGAACUAGGAUAUAAAAUGUUAGAUAAUGCGUGCUUUCCUUAUUGCGGAGAUUAAAUAGCUCUUUAAUAAUACGAGGAUUGCGAUGGAAAUCUUGAAUCUUAUGAUGGUUGCUAUUAAUGUAUGUUUGAGUGCAUUGAAGAUUGUAACAUAUGUGAUCGAGGGUAAUGCAUUUUGAAAUGUGAAGAUGGAUUUGAGUUUGUUGAUAACGAUUGUCUAUCUGUUUGUGGUGAUAAAAUUGUAACAAAAUAAGAAGAUUGCGAUGAUGGAAACAAUAUAGAAUUUGAUGGUUGUUUUCACUGUCAGUGUUCUUGUCCAGAAAAUUGCUCUAAUUGUUACCAUGGUACUUGUUUGGAGUGCAAUGAUCAAUUAUCGCUUAUUUCAAAUUAAUGCAAUUAAUAAUUAAGUUGUGGAGAUGGAUUGGUUCAGGAAUAAGAGGAAUGCGAUGUUGGUAAUUAUUAAGCAGCCGAUGGAUGCAACAAUUGUUUAAUUGAAUAAAAUUGGGUUUGUAUCUCAAUUACAAAAGAUUCUCCUAGCGAAUGUGCAUUUGUAAAAGCUCCAGGGUUAGUUAUUAAUUAUCUCAAUAUGACUUAAAAUAAAUAAUAUAUAAGCAUCUAAUUUAAUUAAGAAGUAAAAAUAUAUACACUUUAACCCUUAUCAGAAACCUUAAAAUUUGAAUUGUCAGAUAUAGACAAGAAACACUGGAAUAGCAGCUUAUAAAUAAUUUAGGAUGUUGGAUCAUAUUUGAGUUUUGGAGAGUAUGUUGUCUAAAUCGAAGUCUACUAAUUACUUAAAUUCAGACCACUAUUGACAAUUUUUGUAAAUCAGGAGGUUGCUAAUAUAGAUAAUGCCAUUUUGGAUGAUGAUGAAAAAUAAAUAACAUUGCAAUAUCCAAAUUAUCUCAAUGAUAAACAGAAGGAUUACUCUUAAAGUUUGAAAAACUUUAACAAAUAUUUGAUUUAUUGUUUAUCAGGAAUUACUAUUAUCAGUCUUCUAUUAGGAAGUGGAGAGUUAUUUGUUGAGAUUAUGGCAAUCCUUUAGUUUUAGCAAUACUUAAGAUACAUAAAUUUAUAAUACCCUUAAAAUUUAGAAAUUUAUUUUUCUAUUUAUGAUAUGAUAACUAUUCAACCUCUAUUGGAUUUUAUGUAAGUUGAACAAUUUUUCCAGUUUAUUGAAAUUUAGUCAAAUUAAGAAUAUUCUGAUGGAAAAUUUAGUGUUUACAAGUAAAAUUCAAGCUUGA